GUUUGAAUAUUGCAUGAUUUGAUCAUUUUCUCCGAAUUGAUGUCGAUGGAUGGCCGGAUAACCUUUUCGCAGAAAAUUCAACGCGGGCUCCAAUUCAUUAUAUUUAAUACUAUAAGUCUAUAAUAAUAAUAAUAUUGUUUUGAGUAUCCGGAUGAUCCACAGUAGUCAGCGAGAUUCAAGAUGCAGAUUUCAGUUAAGCACUUGCUUCGCGGUAUCAUUCAACACUAGUCUCCCAUUAUCUUCUCUCUCUCUCUCUGUUUGGCCGUGGGAUUGAGCUCAAUUCGAUCUGCGAAGUUACGUUCUUACGGCAAAGAUUCGGCAGGAUGUACUUGGUGGAGAGCAAGGGAGGCGCCAUAGCAUGUAUGGUGCUUUCCCUAUUGUUCUUGGGGACAUGGCCUGCAAUCAUGACUCUUCUGGAAAGGAGAGGCCGUCUUCCUCAGCACACUUACCUUGAUUACACCAUUACCAACCUCUUGGCUGCUGUGAUCAUUGCCUUCACCUUUGGUGAAAUUGGAAACAGCACUCCUCAAAAGCCAAAUUUCCUCCCUCAACUUUCGCAGGACAAUUUGCCCAGCGUUCUGUUUGCAAUGGCUGGUGGGCUGGUCCUCAGCAUAGGAAACCUGUCCACACAAUAUGCCUGGGCUUUUGUUGGCUUAUCUGUGACUGAGGUCAUCACUUCAAGCGUAACUGUGGUUAUAGGAACAACCUUGAACUACUUCUUGGAUGACAAAAUUAAUAAAGCCGAAAUUCUUUUCCCUGGUGUUGGGUGCUUCUUGAUUGCGGUUUGUCUUGGCUCUGCUGUUCAUGCAUCCAAUUCCGUUGAUAAUAAAGCUAAGCUUAGGAGUUUCUCCAACGACAACAAAACUGGGGCAACAAACAUAUCGAUGCCAAAAGAAACAAAUGAAAACAUAGUCAGAAGAAAGGAUCUGGAGAAUGGUACUAUUUCAGAAAAGGCAAAAGCUGGGACUGCGGGCUUUCUUAUAGAGCUUGAGAAUAGAAGAUCAAUUAAGGUGCUUGGAAAAGGCAUUGUGAUUGGAUUGGCCAUAACUUUCUUUGCUGGGUUUUGCUUCUCGCUGUUCUCACCAGCAUUCAACUUGGCGACAAACGAUCAGUGGCACGCCUUGAAACAUGGCGUUCCUCACUUGAGCGUCUACACUGCUUUUUUCUAUUUCUCUGUCUCCUGUUUCGUGGUGGCCAUCAUAUUAAACAUCAGUUUCCUCUACCACCCUGUAUUAAACCUACCCAGUUCAACGUUUAGGGCUUAUCUCUCAGACUUUAAUGGCAGAGGUUGGGCCUUUUUGGCUGGCCUUCUUUGUGGUUUUGGAAACGGUCUCCAAUUUAUGGGAGGUCAAGCUGCAGGCUAUGCGGCAGCUGAUGCUGUUCAGGCACUUCCACUGGUGAGCACCUUCUGGGGCAUAGUUCUAUUUGGAGAAUACAGGAAAUCGUCAAAACGAACAUAUAUAUUGCUCACAGGCAUGUUGUUCAUGUUCAUUGUGGCUGUUGCUGUUCUAAUGGCAUCAUCAGGGCAUCGAAAAUGAGUAAAAAGCUGCUAACGCCCGAGGUUAUUUUGUUUGCAUAAUCUGUGAGAAGAAUUGCCCAUAUUCUUCAGACCGCUGGUUAGUUAUGGUGCAGUUUUAAGUUCUUGUUAAGUUAUAGUCACAAGCCACAAGCGGUCAUUUCAAGCAAGAAGCCAAACAAGCAUGUGGAAGAAUCAAUCCGGGAUAAUGGUUCCAGGUGCAAGUGAAUCUGGGAUCUGGCAAGUGGCAAUGCUCCUUUCUUAGAUCAAAACGGCUUCUGGCUCUUUAGGGCAAGAAUUCUUUGGCAUCUCUUUUAGUUUACUUGCAUUCUUAUUUCCAUUUGGUUCCUUAUUGAAGAUCAUGAUGCUAUGAAUCAAUUGUUUGCGUAUGUCAUACAGUACUUGUAAACCCUUAUUGCAGAUCAAUGAAAACCGCAAUCACUGUCUA